AUGGCCGGCUACGCAAGACUGCUCCGAAUUCACGCCUAUGUCGACCUGUAUUAUUGUGUUGUCAACUUUUCGACGAGUGUGGUAAGACGUUUCCGUUGAAAUCGAUGCGAUAGCUGUUCAGGAACCCGUCUCAUACCGCGGAUACUUUUAUCUAGUCCCCACUGGGUUUCUCCGCCACAUUAACAACCGAUACUGGUGGGCGUUCUUCCUAGGAACGUUUUAUCAUACAGUGCUGAUCGAAAUGUUGAUAACUCCCGUAGACUUUUAUUACCGCUACAUCACCGUCUGCAGGUAAGCGCAAUAGUUGUGGAAUACGAAAUUGGCUUAGAAAUCGAACAAUGACCAACAAGACGCUUUACGGAGUGGUCACUUUUUUGCUUCUGCUGUCCCUGUUUGUUUCUAUUCCGGUUUAUUGGGCUGUUGGACCCGUUGGGCCUUCUCAUAGGACACCGCUGGAAGCAAACAUCACUCUGACGCUGUAUGAAAUCGAGCGAUUUGCGGAUUUGGAUACAAUAUUUGCAUAUAACCCUACAGUAAGUUUCAUACUAAACCUUUGAAUUCCGUACUCUUUUGUAACCAUGUUAUUGUAAUUUAAGUCCGGCUUCACGGCAUAUUUCAACCAUAUUGUCCUUCAAUGCACAUUUUUCAUUGGUUUCUUGGCGGUAACCUGGUCGUAUGUAAGCAUUCGCCGAAAACUUAAGGAGCAUUCCAAAGCCAACCCAAAAUCAAAACUCCAUCAUCUAGAGCAUCAAAUCAACAGAAUUAUGCUGCUUCAGGUAAAAAUCAUCUCGUCAAAUGUUGCAUCUUCCUUGUUGAACACUCAAAAUCGCAUUUCAGCUGCUUGUUCCUGUCUUCGCCAUCGGAUUGGCGGUGGCCGUGACGGCAACAGCUGCUGUAGUUCAAUAUGAUCUACCUCAAAUGGGAGCCGUUUAUCGUGUGACAUGCAAGUGGGUUAGCGCUCUAAAGCCGCUGAUCACCAUGUUUCUUAUCUCAGCCUAUCGAAAUGGGCUUGCUCGUCGAAUCUCCGCAAAGAAAAGAUGCCCGAAGAGCAGAUACAUAGUUCGUCAUGACGAUGGUAAAAUAAUGCCUUUGCCGGAACGAGAAGGCCAUAUAUGA